CUGGACUAUUAUUAUGGAGAAACUAUAUAGCUUAGCAGAUUCGGAAACCAGUGAGAUCGAAACCGCCGCUUUAGUUCCCCGCUAAGAUUCAGAAAACAUAAUUUUUUUCCCUUUCUUUCCCCAAUCCUCCUUUAAGACCUGACGGUAUUCCCCAUUUCACCUCUCACUAGCUCCUAUUCAUAUUCCUCUGACUCCUAAUCUCUCAACCCAAUUGAGUUGAUCUUUUACUUCUCAAGCCAAUUCUGGUUGCAAAUAUCACAGUUGCCCUUAUGAACGGGCGCUCGUCAGUCUUCACAUCACAGGACAACUCCUAUCCCUCGGUAUCACUUUAGUCAUGGCUUUUGCUAACACUUUAUCUUUGCAGGAUUAUAUCUCUGACCACUUGUGGCGGUCUCUCUCCGCUUAAGGGGGCCAUUGAAUAAUUUCUCCAGCUCUAACCCUUUCCUUUCACUUUAGAACAUCAUGUUCUCACGACUAGCCACCAGGGCCACGAAGCCAGCAGCACCUUUCAGUGCUGUUGGGCUCUCGUCCCGAGCCCGAUUCCUCUCUACCUCCGGUAGCUUCGCCGCCCAGGCUGCCCAGGGUAGCAAGGGCAGGCUGAUGCCCCAGACCCUAUCCGGGGGUACAAAGCCUGCCUCUGGUAUGGAGGCUACACUUACGAUUCGAGAUGGACCUAUCUUCCACGGAACAGCUUUCGGGGCUAACUCGAACAUCUCCGGCGAGGCCGUCUUUACAACAUCCCUCGUUGGCUACCCGGAGUCGAUGACUGACCCCUCGUACCGCGGCCAGAUCCUCGUCUUCACUCAGCCAUUGAUUGGGAAUUACGGCGUGCCCUCCGGUGUGCGUGACGAGUGGAAUCUGUUGAGACACUUCGAGUCACCCCAUAUUCAAUGCGCGGGAAUUGUUGUGGCUGAUGUUGCCGAGAAGUACAGCCAUUGGACUGCCGUUGAAAGCUUGAGUGAUUGGUGUGCCCGAGAAGGCAUUCCUGCGAUCUCAGGUGUUGAUACCAGGGCCAUUGUUACCCACCUCCGAGAGCAAGGUUCUUCUCUUGCCAGGAUCUCAGUUGGUGACGAGUACGAUGCAGAUGAAGAUGAAAGCUUCAUCGACCCUGGCCAAAUCAACCUCGUGAAAAGGGUCAGCACCAAAGCUCCCUUUGUGGUAGAAGCCCAUAACCCCAAAUACCACAUUGCCCUGCUCGAUUGCGGUGUUAAGGAGAACAUCCUCCGAAGCUUGGUGAACCGCGGAGCCAGCGUCACUGUGUUUCCCUACGAUUUCAAGAUCCAGAAAGUUGCCGACAACUUUGACGGGGUGUUCAUUUCUAAUGGCCCUGGUGAUCCGACGCACUGCCAAUCUACUGUACACAACCUGGCGGUACUGAUGGAGACCUCUCAAGUACCCAUCAUGGGUAUCUGCUUAGGUCACCAACUGUUGGCCCUGGCUACUGGAGCUCAGACCAUCAAGCUGAAGUAUGGUAACCGGGCUCACAAUAUCCCGGCUCUAGAUAUGACGACCGGACAAUGCCACAUCACGAGCCAGAAUCAUGGAUAUGCUGUUGAUGCCAGCACUCUCGGAAGCGAGUGGAAGGAGUACUUUGUCAAUCUUAAUGACGGUAGUAACGAGGGUAUGCGCCAUGUUUCUCGACCGAUCUUCUCGACCCAGUUCCAUCCCGAGGCCAGAGGUGGCCCCAUGGAUAGCGCUUAUCUAUUUGACAAGUAUAUCGAGGAUGUGAUGGCUUUCAAAGCCUGCCAGACUGUUUACAAGGACAACCGGCCAUCCCAAUAUAUGCUUGACAUCUUGAGCAAAGAACGAGUUGGCGUUCAGCCAGAACCUUUAGCGAGUGCCGCUUAGUGGUUCACAUAUGUAGCAUGCAAAUAUCAUUGAUUUAAACUGGUCGGAACAGGGAUGCGUUUUCCAAGAUUUAACGUGGCAUUUUAUGACAAAUUACAAGCAAUAUACUUUCGUUCUAAUAUCAAUAUUCCUCUGGGGUAGAUUGUCCUAUCAACCUCUUGAUCGUAUGGUUACCUAAAUGCAGUCAACCCUAUUCAUGCCAAAACAUAUAACCAAAUUCGAUGUACGCUGAGAUUAUUCAUGAACAGCUUUAGUUGUAUGAAGAAUUCAUACUGGAUUAUGAAACAUCUAACAAUAAUCACUUGAUGGAGAACUUAUUCCGGACUCAUGAUGCGGCAUUCGCCUCAAAUGGCGUGGUGGUCCCAUUUCCUCCUAUUUAUACUAACGCGAGACGGC